AUGCCGGGAGGACACUUGAUGCAUUUAUCUGCAAACACGGAUUUGGAGCUGUCUGCCGCCGCCGGCAGCGGUUUCCUGGUGCGAAGCAGCGGAGCAAUCUGCCGCGGUUCAGCUUUCGGUGGGCAUCGCAGCGGUGCGCGUUUCAAAGUCCAAGCGUUCGUUUGCGUGGGCGCCACCAGCGCCAUCUAUCCGCACAAUGUGGCCGACUCUCCU